AUGGCUCCCGUCAACUUCUUCCUCAAGCUGAGAAACACUUAUUUUGGCCAUGCAGACAAGGACAAGCCCGUCAUUUCGCCUACCACGGCAGCCCUUCUAUCGGUCGCUUGCACGCUGAUCUAUGUGGUCCCUUUCUACCUGUCCUCCUCAACCCGGCCAUCGCCAACACUAAACCGCGAUGCUCCCAGCGUCAUCCGUGCCCGCAUUCGGACCAUCACAUUGGCCUGUAUCCUUAGCAGUGCUGGCACUUUAUAUCUGCUGAGCGGAAAAGCGAAGCUCUCGCUCACAGAUGCCUUGCAUAUGCUGGGCUAUUGGCCCAUUCGACCCUGGGACCUGUUUAGAUCCUUCACCCUGACAUUCCUGCUGUAUAUUGGGCCACUGUUUGAGAAGAUCUUCGUCGAGGGAGAGUUCGACGACCUACGUGAUCGUGGUGUUGCCGCGAUUGCCGAAACUCUGAGCAGCUGGCAAGGCUACAGGAACUAUGUCGCCGGCCCAGUCACUGAGGAAGUUGUUUUUCGCUCAGUUCUCAUCCCGAUUCACCUCCUCGCCAAACUCUCCCCUGGCAAAAUCGUCUUCCUGACACCCCUCUAUUUCGGCAUCGCCCAUGUUCACCACUUUUACGAGUUCCACUUGACGCACCCUCACAUCUCCCUCUUGCCGGUUUUGCUGAGAUCGCUAUUCCAGUUCACCUAUACUACACUCUUUGGGUGGUUUGCAGCAUUUAUCUACAUGCGUACGGGCUCGGUCUAUGCCUGCAUCGUCAUCCACUCAUUCUGUAACUGGGUUGGCCUUCCUCGUUUCUGGGGCCGCGUAAGGAGACCGGAGGACUACCCGCUGUCCCCUGUUGUCAUUCGUGGCAAGGACGAUGCAGAACUCGUCCAGGCUUCGGCAAAGGGCAAAAAACUGGGGUUACGGUGGACGGUGGCGUAUUACCUGCUUCUAGUCGCGGGCGCAUAUGCCUUUUAUCGAGGGCUGUGGCCGUUGACUGCAUCAGAGGCGGCUUUGGCAGAGUUUACGCGCAAUACACGCAGAUAA